UUGGGAGAAGCAUCUAGUCACCCAUUUACGAAACAUUCACCGCCAAUUAUGUCGACUUCAAAGUCAAAGAGGAGUAGCAAGGCAAAGUGCUUGAUGGUCGCAAAUCGUGGCAUCCAUGCUAUUGGUCUGAUCAAUAUCGACGUAUCCUAG